UUUGUUAUCACUCAUGCGCUCAUACUCGUCCUUCGCUGACGUUCAUGUCGAUUUCACUCUUCACUCAUUCACUCCCCUUGUCGACUAAAGGCAAUUUUAAAUUAAUUUGGAUAAAAGUAACAGUACUCUAGAGGUUUUGUGUAAAAUUAUUAUAUGAUGCUAGGUGCCUAAUAAUAAAUUAGUCAACAUUUAUUGCAGCACGGUCUCUGCCAACAACACAAAGAGGGAGGAUAUAGAACAAAGAGUAACAAAAUUCCAGUGAACCAUGUCUCAAUCAUACUACAGUGAUGCAGAGGACUCCCUGCCAGACACUGACACUGAUACCGGAGGUUUAAGGAAGAGGAAAAUCUGGGAUCCUGAAACUGAAUCAAUAGCUUCUGAAAUAAAAGACCUUUUGGAUGAUGAUGUAAAUUCAUUGGUAGAAGAGGACUGCAUUGGCUGUCCUCUACCAUCUACCCCCGAAGACGAGAAUGUUCUCGAUUCGGAAAUGAGUGACGUACUUAAAGCGGCCGUCCUAGCCGCCUUGUUACCAAAAUUUUCAGGCGACGAAAUAGAUAUUACCACUCUGGCACAGAAUGCGGCAACACAAGCGGAAAAUGUCGUUAGGAAAAUGAUUGCAGUCGGCUGGAGCGUCUGUCACUUUCAUCAUUUGCCCGAAUGGUUGCAGGAUAAUGACUUUUUACAAAGAGGACAUCGACCACCACUGCCCAGUUUUAGAGCUUGUUUUAAAAGCAUUUUUAGAAUUCAUACUGAGACUGGAAAUAUAUGGACCCAUAUGCUUGGCUGUGUAGCGUUUAUAGGUAUAGCGAUUUAUUUCCUGAUGCGCCCGACCCUGGAAAUAGAACUGCAAGAAAAAAUAGUUUUUGGAGCCUUUUUUGCCGGAGCGAUUAUAUGCUUGGGUUGUUCCUUUAUCUUCCACACCGUGAACUGUCACUCCCGAUUCGUAGGAAAACUAUUCUCUAAACUGGAUUAUUGUGGAAUAGCUCUAUUGAUCAUGGGCAGCUUUGUACCAUGGCUGUAUUAUGGAUUUUACUGCCAUUUUAAACCUAAGGUUAUUUACCUGUCAGUGGUAUGCGCCCUAGGAGUAACUAGCAUAAUGGUUUCUUUAUGGGACAAAUUUUCGGAAUCUGGCUGGAGGCCCUUUAGAGCUGGGGUAUUUAUGACUUUUGGAUUAAGCGGAAUAAUUCCUGCCAUUCAUUUUGGGGUCGUCGAGGGCUGGUUUACGCACGUUAGCCAGAAGUCACUUGGAUGGCUUAUUUUAAUGGGGGUUCUUUACAUCGUUGGAGCUAUGCUUUACGCCUUACGUGUCCCAGAACGAUGGUUUCCCGGCAAAUUUGACAUCUGGUUCCACUCACAUCAGAUUUUCCACGUGUUUGUGUUAGGGGGCGCACUCGUGCACUACCACGGUAUAUCAGAGAUGGCGAUGCACCGAGUUACCAUUGGGCAGUGCGAGAUUCCGAAUAAUUUGAUCUAUUAACUAAACUGUAGUCUGUUUGUUUUUUAAAUCAAUUUUGCAGAUAUCGGGUAAUACUGUUAAAAAAGGCAAUCCGAACUGCCCGAGGUGAACACUUGGUACGAGUGAUCAUUUUGGGAAGGGUCGCUAACUACUUAUACACAGGGAACCAAAGAAGUGUUUUUAUUGAGUAUAUUGAUGUCUUCGAGAGAAUUUUUGCGAUCUGAAUAUACGAGAGCAGAGAGUAGUUUC